GGCGAGGACGGCGGCGACGGCAGCGGCCGAGGGGGCGGUGGCUACGAGGAGGGUGCGGAGCGGGCGGAAGAGGUGUCCGUGUGGGCCGUGAGGUCGCAGAGGAACAUCGUGGGGAUCAACGACUAUCACCUCUUCUACAAGAUGAGUAACAGCCACCCUCUUCGCCCCUUUACUGCAGUGGGGGAGAUUGACCAUGUGCACAUUUUGUCUGAACAUAUUGGUGCCUUGUUGAUUGGGGAAGAAUAUGGUGACGUCACAUUUGUUGUGGAAAAGAAACGUUUUCCUGCCCACAGGGUAAUUUUAGCAGCAAGGUGCCAAUAUUUUCGAGCAUUACUGUAUGGUGGAAUGCGAGAAUCUCAGCCUGAAGCCGAAAUCCCUCUUCAAGACACCACUGCAGAAGCAUUCACAAUGCUGCUUAAGUACAUCUACACUGGGCGGGCGACGCUGACAGAUGAGAAGGAGGAGGUGCUGCUGGACUUUUUGAGCCUGGCUCAUAAAUACGGAUUUCCGGAGCUGGAGGAUUCCACCUCUGAGUACCUCUGCACCAUACUUAACAUUCAGAAUGUCUGUAUGACUUUUGAUGUUGCCAGUCUCUACUCACUUCCCAAGUUAACUUGCAUGUGCUGCAUGUUUAUGGACAGAAAUGCUCAGGAGGUACUCUUAAGCGAAGGCUUCCUCUCCCUUUCUAAGACAGCACUUUUGAACAUCGUAUUAAGAGAUUCAUUUGCAGCUCCUGAAAAAGAUAUUUUCCUAGCCUUGUUAAAUUGGUGUAAGCAUAAUUCAAAUGAGAAUCAUGCUGAAAUCAUGCAGGCUGUGCGUUUGCCUCUGAUGAGCCUCACUGAACUUCUGAAUGUCGUGAGGCCUUCGGGACUGUUGUCUCCUGAUGCCAUCCUGGAUGCUAUUAAAGUUCGAUCAGAGAGCCGGGACAUGGACCUCAAUUAUAGAGGCAUGCUCAUACCAGAAGAAAACAUUGCAACUAUGAAGUAUGGAGCCCAGGUUGUGAAAGGGGAGCUGAAAUCUGCCUUAUUAGAUGGUGACACUCAGAACUAUGAUUUGGAUCAUGGAUUUUCUAGGCACCCAAUUGAUGAUGACUGUCGUUCUGGCAUUGAGAUUAAGCUAGGUCAGCCGUCCAUUAUCAAUCAUAUACGGAUCCUCCUGUGGGACCGAGAUAGCCGGUCUUAUUCAUACUUCAUUGAAGUGUCAAUGGAUGAACUUGACUGGAUCAGAGUGAUUGAUCAUUCGCAGUAUUUGUGUCGUUCCUGGCAAAAGUUAUAUUUUCCAGCCCGUGUCUGCAGGUAUAUUCGAAUAGUUGGGACUCACAACACAGUGAAUAAGAUUUUUCACAUUGUGGCUUUUGAAUGUAUGUUUACAAACAAAACCUUCACUCUGGAGAAGGGGCUGAUAGUUCCCAUGGAGAAUGUUGCAACAAUCGCUGAUUGUGCCAGUGUGAUUGAAGGAGUCAGUCGGAGCCGAAAUGCCUUGCUGAAUGGGGACACUAAGAACUACGACUGGGAUUCUGGUUAUACGUGUCAUCAGCUAGGAAGUGGUGCGAUUGUGGUUCAGCUGGCACAGCCCUACAUGAUCGGGUCAAUACGGCUGUUGCUGUGGGACUGUGACGACCGGAGCUACAGCUACUACGUCGAGGUCUCCACCGACCAGCAGCAGUGGGCCAUGGUGGCCGACAGAACCAAAGUCUCCUGCAAGUCCUGGCAGUCGGUAACUUUUGAAAGACGUCCAGCAUCCUUCAUCCGAAUCGUUGGAACACACAACACGGCAAACGAGGUGUUCCACUGUGUCCACUUUGAGUGUCCCGAGCAGCAGAGUGCCCAGAAGGACAGCAGCGACGAGCCCGGGGCAGGCGGCGCCAGUGCGGCCGGGCAGCAGCUUGACCCCCACGCCCUGCAGGCCCCCAGCAGCAGCUCCCUGCCUUCCAGCCCGGGCUCCAACUCGCGCUCACCCAACCCGCAGCACCAAUAAAGGAAGCGCACGUGUGGAGUGACGCGGUGGCCAGGUGGCGCGGGAGCCGUGUCCCCCACCCGAGCAGGGGUCCCUGUGGACUCCCCCCACACCCUCCCCCACAGGAGCAGGCCUGGCCGUAGAAAGGGACGCAGAACGGGUUUCCUCCCAAGGACACAAAGGGGCUGCUCUGUUCUCCUCAAUUUGUUCAAAUCAGGCUGGUCUCCAGAGGGAGAGAGUGGGUCUUCAAUCUUCAUCAAGUCCUCCGUUAACACCCUACCUCUCUAAUCUCACCCGCAGAGGGCACAGAAGGAAGUAAUAGGCAGGCCCGGGUCAGCAUACAGAAACGGCACGUGGACACGGGCCUGGAAGGGGCUGUGUUGGGCCUUCACCCAGAGGCGCCCUGAGGAAGGAGGUUUCAGUGUGUUUACUUUUAUGGAACACAUUGCCCUGGCAACCAAAUGGUUUUUUAUUUCUUUUAGUUACUCUCCAUUUGCUGAAUCAUAGGUAUUCCAGAUCUUUUUGAAAGGCUCAAACCACAAAUCACUUGUUUUAAACCCUUUUGAUGCUGUAAUUUUCCUUCUUCAGUUCUGAACAGUGGAGUGUGGGUUAGAGCGGAAAAAUAGCAUGCGCGUCUCCUCAGGGAGGGAUGGGGGCAGGGCUUCGAGGCCUGACAGGGAAGAUCCCUUGAGGAAGUUCAACAAAAUACACAAUGAACAAAUCAAUCUGCGGACACUGGAGUUACUAAUCACUCAGAGUGCCAGGUUAUUAACCUGUCAUUCCUGAAAUGAAUCCCGCCUUUAAGCUUGGGAGGCCGACAAGGAAACAGUGAUUAUGCCACCAGCUAAUUUAACGUUCAGAAGUAUGCAGAGAUAAACCUGCCCCAGCUUCUGGCUAGGCUGGACCUGCCCUGAUGCCAUGCUAGUGGAGUGUGCGGGGACGGCCGUCCUGCCGGUCAGGGUCUGGAAUGCAAGAGGGGCCUCUCCCGCCUGCUGGUAACCAGUGGUUGCUGCUUUUCCCCCAGACCAUAACACUCAGCCAGGGAUUGGGUUGGCGGGGGAAACCAGUUCUAAGCAGCUUUCCUCUUAAUCCUCACUGAAACCAUCUAAUCUGUCCCGCGUGUUUGAUGUCCGCCCAGCGCUAACCGCCCUGUGAAGGCCCCUCCCCAGGUUCUCCCGGUGGCUGGCUGCAGCGCUCAGGCCCUCCGCACAGGUGGGCACGGUCUGUCUGAAGCACACAUUGGUCGUGGGUGUGCAGAGAGCCAGUGGGUCGGCUCUUUCUUCCCAGUGUGACACAGAUGUGAGUGGCCUAUUGGUCCUGGAGGAGCAGGGUCGCUUCAAGCUGCAUGAAUAAACCAGAUGGUUGUCUUUCUGCGGCCCCCUCAGUGCCCUUGACUCUGAUCUCUGCAUCCCCCCGUGUGGGGUGAGUGGAACCCCUGGGUUGGGGGGCAGCUGUUCACCAUGGGAGGAGGGCUCUGGUAACAAAUGGGGCCGCUCGCUUGCUCACCAUGGGUGGGUGACCACCUCCCUCAGCAUCCAGCUUCCGGUUGCCAAUUAAGAGCCUGGAAUUCUUGUCCACUCAGCACCUCCUCCGGCGGCGCGUUCACUGCCGACAGGGAAACAGGCGGAGCAGGGGACUCAGGAGUGGGCAAGGUUCAGGUCCUUUGCAGGUAGCACCUGUUCACGGGCUUACUCAUGGAGUUACUGUCCAGAGAGGAGUCCCAGCCUGGAGGCCGGCACUGCUGACCUGGGGAAGGUCUGGAGCCUUCUGAGCCGUGGCCCUGCAGCAUCCCUCUGCGUCCAGGCACGGGACAAACGCCGCCUGGCCGCUCAGCUGCCAACCAGGAGGCAUGGACCGUGCCUGGCUGGCCAGCGGCUCAGCCCUUCUCUCUCGUCCCCGGUGAAUUCUCUCCACCCUGAGGUCUGUCUGGAGAACAGAACUGUCUCCCUGCUCCUGCAGCAGUUCACUCACCCUUGUUAUCACGUAAAGGGAAGGAAGGGACGGUGAGGCUGCCCCUCCCCGGCAGCUGCCUCUCAGGGCCCCUGAUGGUCUGGAAGCCUGUUCUGGAUGUUGAUGAAGCUCAGCAGGGCACUCCAGUCUGCCUCCGGCCACUAGGCAGGGGCUCCACCUUCCCUGAUGAGCCUUCUGGUUUGGGGGAUGGGAGGCAGUCAACAAAUCCAUAGGGGACUGACAUCUCCAGAGCCCUGGCCCGUCCUACAGAGGACUCCCCCCACCCACCCCGCCGGGAGCCAAAUGGACCAAAAUGGCCCCCAAACUCGGAGAAACCAAAGGAGCUGAGGGGGAGUGCAGAGGCUGAGACCCAGCUCCAGGGAGCCCCACCAGACCCCUCCGCGCAGCAGAGGGUAGAGGCCGAGUCCCUGGGGAGCUGUGGGCGCCAGGCUGCAGGUUUGGCCAGGCCGGGAGGGGGCAGCAGCAGAGGAGGGCCGGCGGCUCAUCUGCACGGUGCGGGGUUGAGGAGGUUGGGGCAGAUGGACGGCUGCCUGUGGCCUCUGGCCCGUUGUUGGAAACACUACCUUUGUAACCAGGUCACGAGACAGAACGAGCAGAGCCUCUUGCCCUUCACUUCAGAUAAAGCUCUGUGCAGAGUAAGAGGCAGACUUCUUUGAGGGAAAGCUUUGUUCAGUCACCUCCUGGAGCUCCUUGGACGGCGGGCAGGGCACGUGCCACAUGUGCCCCAGUCGAGGCCGGGUGCCAAGCACUCGAAACUUGAAACACACAGACUUGUCUUCCCAUAUUCUUUUCCGGUGUUGUUCUGGUUUUAGUUAGAACCAUGAGCCCAUGAUGGAUGUGGGACUCUUCUCAAUUGCUCUUUAAAUAAUCACUUUUUAAAUCUUAGUAAAUGAAGUAUGUUGAUUCCUGACAAAUAAAUUAAAAGUGUUUUAUCCCUAGAAGAGUUGGGAAAAAGAGAAUUAUUUUCAGCAAGAGUGGGAUGUGUUUGUUAGACGGAGUCCUUGGCCAAGAAAAAAGCAGCUUCUGAAUUGUGCAAAAAUUGCUCAGGAGUUAUGCUGCCCCCCCAAUUGUCAAACCACUGUGCAGACAGUGCCGACCCAACUUCACCUUUUUUUUUUAAUUUAGAAGAUAACAGAAUUGUAAUCACUUAUUCUUUCUAGAGCCACGGGGAAAGGGAGGUCUUAUCUGUGAUAAAAAGCAGAGCAUCCUGUGUGCGGAGGCCAGCUGGUAAUAAAGGGAGCGUUCCCCAGUGCGGCUUCAAUUAAGAACCUCCCUUCGGACAGAGAA